AACUUUUUUUAUUCCCCUGUUUCCUUUUUGGCAGAUGUUUUGCAGUUGUGUGUGCGAGCGUUGCAUAUAAUCGGCAGUACGCUGUAUUACGUUCUUUCACUCUUGUGGUUAUUUUGUGUGAUGAAUGCGGUACGAUCUACGUGCAAGAUGAAUGAUAAAGCAUCGGAGGUGCGCUGAGCAGAUGGUGGCCAGGUGACAGUGGCAGCCCAUGGCGGGGCGUCAUUCCGAGGGGGGGUCUCCCAGCAGCCCCCCCAAGGAGGAGGAGCUCCGGCCAGUGGCGGGGGCAGGCCGCACCUUGGCUGUCCAGGUGCACUUGCUCGAUGACACAGUGAACACAUUCAAUGUGCAGUACAAGGCAGCCGGGCGUGUUCUGUUUGACCAAGUCUGCCGAGUCAUCAACCUGCUUGAAGUGGACUACUUUGGCCUGGAGUACGCUGAUAGCAAUGGGACCAAGUACUGGCUGGACAAUGAGAAGCCCAUGUGCCGCCAGAUGGGCCUUUCUAUGGUGUCACCUGUCAUGUACUUUGCUGUCAAGUUUUAUACGCCUGAUCCAUGUCAACUUGAAGAGGAAUUUACAAGGUACCUGUUCAGCCUGCAGAUCAAGAGGGACCUGUCACAGGGUCUCCUUCAUUGUAGCGACCCCACUGCUGCACUGCUGGCCUCUUACAUCGUCCAGGCUUCAUGUGGGGAUUAUGUGGCAGAAGACUACCCUGAUGCUUCGUACCUGUCAAGCUACAAGUUUGUGCCCCACCAGGAUGCAGAGCUUGAGGCACGCAUCAUGGAGUGCCAUCAGCGACAUGUGGGCCAGAGUCCGGCCCAGGCAGACCUUAAUCUGCUGGAGACGGCACGUCGCUGUGAGCUGUAUGGGGUGCGGCUGAGCCCUGCCCAUGACUCCGAGGGCCUCUCUCUCAAUCUGGCAGUGGCCCACAUGGGUGUCAUAGUGUUCCAGGGCACCACACGCAUCAAUACCUUCUCCUGGGCCAAAAUCCGCAAGCUGAGCUUCAAGCGCAAGCGCUUCCUCAUCAAGCUCCACCCAGAGGGAUACGGCUACUACAAGGACACUGUGGAGUACUUCUUUGAAAGCCGCAAUGAAUGCAAGAACUUCUGGAAAAAAUGCAUAGAGAACCAUGCAUUUUUUCGCUGCACUGAGGUUAAAAAGAGCCCCCGGCAGAAAGCACGGCUCUUCAGCCGAGGCUCAUCUUUCAGGUAUAGUGGUAGAACGCAGAAGCAGAUUGUUGAAUAUGUUAGGGAGAACUAUGUCAAGAGGCAGCCCUUUCAAAGGUCAACAAGCCUGCGCUUACCAUCUCGUGGUAGCGCUGGCACUUCAGACAAUGAGGAGAACAUUCAGUCAGCAGCUGCCGCAACCUCAGAACCAAGUUCUCCACGACGGGACACAAGCCGUGAAACACCUCGCCUUCCUGAGGGUGCUGUGACACCUAGCCAGGACACAGAUGACAACAUCUCGCAUGAUUCAUAUCGACUGGAGGAAGGGGACUCGUCCAUUGCUGCACCAACACCAAGUGCCGACAAUUCAAUUGCCCUUGAUUUGAGUCCUCCUACCGCAUUGCCAGUGUGCUCGUCACCGAGCACAGCCUGCGUGAGGGAAGAGCACAGCCCAGAGCAAGUGCCACCACCAAACAACAACAACUUGCAUUGUGUUAGCAACGACGGAAUGCUUUCAACAUCCUGCUACAAACAGGACCUGGCUGGUGAUGCCUGCAGAAAGAUGUUUCCGCUGGAGUACUUUGUUAGCAAGGAGCUGCUGAUGACAGAACGCAGCUACAAGAAGGACCUGGAAGUGGUAGUCGUGGCCUUUCGGGAAUGGGCUGAAAAACUUGGAUCAUCUGAAACAGCCUCACUUUUCUCACUACUUGCACCCAUCUACAAGCUGCACUGUGGUCUGCUUCAUGAACUUGAACAGCAAAUGGCUUCUUGGGACAGCAAGCCAGUUUCUUCCACUGCUCAAGGUAUUGGUGCGCUCAUGCUGGACUACUUACACUUGCUGGAGCUGGAUGAGCGGUACCUGGAGAUGCUGCCCCACAUUCUGGAGCGCCUGUACUCAGGACCACACUGUGAGCAGUUGUGCCGAGAGUUUGAGCUGCUGCGGGACUGCUACCUGCCCUUGUCACUGUUCCUUCUGCGUCCAUUGCACCGAAUAUUCCACUACUGCGCCCUCUUUGAAAGGCUGCACAGCUGUUAUCCACCUAGCCAUGCUGACAUUGCUGCUAGCCAAGAAAUGCUGCAGCAGCUCAGGAGGUUCACUACAUGCCACAAAGAGGCCCUGCAUAGAUUGGAGAACCACAUCAAGAUGACUGAGCUGGAGCGGGACCUCGUUGGUCUGGACAACGUCAUUCAGCCUGGAAGGGAGUUUGUGCGAGAAGGAUGCCUACAGAAGCUUUCCAGGAAGGGCUACCAGCAGAGGAUGUUUUUUCUGUUCUCCGACAUGCUGAUAUAUGCAAGCCGUGUGUCUUCCUCUGGGCCGCGGCUUCAGUUUAAAGUGCAUGGACAGCUGCCACUGCAGGGACUCAUGGUUGAGGAAACAGAGCCGAAAGCUGAAGCUGCCUUUCGCUUUACCAUCUAUGCUGCCAAUCGUGCCCUCAUGGUUGCCGCUGGGUCAGAGGAGGAACGACAGCGAUGGAUACAAGACCUGUGUGGCUGCAUUGAGAUGGCCCGAGACCACAAAGGCCUGUACUACACAAGCCUCAAAUCCUGCCACUCUUCAGAUGAGCGGCUAGAUAGGUCAGGAGCAGAAAGCAUGCGGCAUUCUAACUCGGCACAGAGCCCAGUCCAUGCCACUACCACAUUGCACCUUUGCUGGCACCGCAACACAAGCAUUGGCCGAAGCCAGUACCAGCAGGCAUUUCUGCACUACCUCAGUGGCUACCUGCUGCGCAAGUUCAAGAACAGCAGUGGAUGGCAGAAGCUGUGGGUGGUGUUCAGUAACUUCUGCCUCUUCUUCUACAAGUCCUUCCAGGAAUCUGUGCCCCUGGCAAGCCUUCCACUGCUGGGCUACACAGUAGCACAGCCUGGUGACCAGAUGGGCAAGCAGCACGUCUUCAAGCUGCAGUACCGCAGCCAUGUCUACUUCUUCCGUGCUGAGAGCGAGUACGCAUAUCAGAGGUGGAUGCACGUUAUCAGCAGUGCAGCCGUCAAGAAAGCCUGAAUUUGCAAGCAACUGAAGAACAGCAUGUGUUAGCUGCUCAGGCAUGAUGGGAACAGCACAAGACAUUAAUGCAAACAUACUAUGAUGUAUACCUUAGUAUGACUUAUUGUUGGGCUAGUUGGUAUAUGCUACUUAAAGUGAAUUAGACACACAGCAUCAGUGGAAGAAAAACUGACAGUAGGACAGGGUGUCCUGUCCUACUGUCAGUUUUUCUUCCUCUGAUCCUGUGUGUCUGAUUCACUUCAAAUAUACUAUGGUGUGUUGCCUGGACAUAGUGGCUUGAGCUCCAAGAUAGUGCUGAAGCCCGGACUACAAAUGUAGCAUGACUUGGUUUAGUACAGAAAAAGCUGUUCCCUGACAUCAUUGCUAUCCUUCCGGCUUUUUGCAGCAAUAUGUAGACGUGAAAGGAAACUAAUGUUGCCAUCACUGCUUCAUCAUUUUGGCAUUGAGGCAGUAGGCCAGCUCCACUCUGAGACAUUCUUGCAUUUUCAACCACAUUGAACAAGUUGGUAAUCAAAGAAUGAUGCUUCAAUGCCUCUUGCUUCAUGUGCAUGCAGUAAUAUUUGGAUCCCUGAUCAAUCACUGGAAAGGUGCGUUCCAGUGUUUAGCUGAUGGUCAAUAUGAUGCUAAUGCGAGGUGUCGUCACAAUGUCUCUGCAGUGAAAACACUGCAAGAUACUGAAACAUGGUGCUAGGCACUCUAAAAACUUCACCAUUCAUUUUACUGACAUUCAUUGUGUUCAGUGGCUGUCCUGCUUUGUAGAGCUUGUUUCUUAAUGUUAUAAAAUGAAAAUAGAAACUAAAAUUGUGUGCAUGCAUGCAUCUUGGUAAGACUGUACGAGAUUCAGAAACUGUUCCAACAAGCCUGACAUGCAUUGGGGUGCUAAAGCACCUGCGAGAUUUCGUUGGGCACAUACCUGUGGGCUGUUGGCCAAUCCAUCAUGAAUACAUUCCAGCCCACAGUGUGCAGCUGUUGUUCAUAUGUAACUUUCUCAUUCUCCUUAGCUUGGAACAUCCUUAAGGAGGAGGGCUCUCGGAAAGCAUUCCAGCAGAGGCACAUAAUUCCCAGGGCAACUUUUUUGUGGAAAUGAGUGAUUACAUUGUCUUACAAAUUCUUAUAAACCCUGUUUGGACAGUUUUCCUUAUCACGACUCGUGUUUGUUGCUGUCAUUGUGGUUAAGAACAUUCUUAGUAGAAAUUAAGGAUGCUUUGCAGUAACAUGCAUGUGUUUUCACACUCAUUGUUGUCACUUGUAUAUUGAAAACACGGAUGCAUCUUAGUUAGCUGAAAGCUAAGGCGAACAUGUGAUUUUAAUUUGUCUUAUUUUUGCCUCAUUCUUGGAUGCUGUUUGGAAAAUUAAUUCUUUUGCCUUGCUGUUGAAUUUGUACUCGCUGGCUUUCUCUGUUGUCUAUGAUUGUUUCUAACUUCCAUGGCCCUUCUCUGUAUAUAUAGCUUUCAUUCCAAACAACGCUCCUCUGACCAUUGCUUUUUGAUGUGCUGUUGUGCUCUAUACAAAGUUUCUGCUGCUGUAAUGUUUAUUCUGCAUGUCAAACAGGCCUUUUAUUCAGUACAAUCAGUACACAGUUUGUAAAAAUGCAGUUAAGCCUUAACAAAUUAUUAGAUAUAAAGAAAUAAAUUUAAAUUUUGGUUGAUCAUGUUUUUGUGAAAUGACAUAUUCUUCUGCUAUAAUGAAAAAUUUUUGUUUGCACAUGCCUUGAAAUAUAUAUAUUCUCGUAGAAAAAAUGUCAAAUACAGUCGCCAAACAAUUUUUGAGAUGUCUGAUUUUUCCAACCUGUCCAAUUAUUCGGGUUUUCUUGCAGCAGCACCACCAGAAAUCGCUACUUUGAUUUCAGACUCCCACUGAUACGGCGCUGGUUAGGCCUCGCAGCCAAAGCAAUGUGGCUGUGACGAAUAUUUCCCCAUAGCUGACAGAGUGGCUGGUGGAAAAUUGCCAUGGGAAGUUCAUAAUCAGUGUUUGUUCUUGUAGACUUGGCGAUCAAACGUGAGAUCACAUGCCUAGGCUGGACUGGCAGCCAUAGUAGCAGAGAUAGGAUCCAUGUGCGGUCCCUCGCUCCUCGUCUGAAAAGUCUUUUGGGAGCAACUUGGCAAUAGCAACUUAAAAUAGCACUAAUUGCACAGUUGCAUAUUUGUGGUGGUCCAGAGCACUUGUAUCUAAUUUAUCAUUGUUUCUGUGCCUUAGAUCAGCAUAGUAAACUGGUGGCAAACCAUCAAAAUUUACAGCAGAUCCUUUGCUGGCUCAUUGGCAGCACUCUGCUUGCAUUUCUUAUGUGUGGACCUGAUCACGCCCUUGCCCCCUCCCCCCAUGCCCCUUCGAUACCUGUGCAAAUGCUUGUGAUGAUCAUCGGUAAUAAGAAGGCAUUUUCUUGCCCAAUGUGGCUUUGUUAUAACGAGGUUUGACAGUGUGACAAUCCUAAAGCUUUGAUGGCUCUGGUGCUACUGUGCCUGUUACUACUUAAAUCAUGCUUUAAAUGUCACUUAAUGCAGACACCUGUAAAAAUAUCAAGCUCUAGAGGAUGAGCACAUUUCACUGAUUGUGUGAAAUGAUUCGAAUAGAAUGAGCUGCUGUGACUGUGCAGUUCAUAGUUAAAAAUGCCCAUCUGCCAGCAGCAUCAACCAGUGUCACCACCUCUGGUUGUAUUAUUGAUCAUUACUGGACAGAUUUAGUCAAAAGCCAAGGACAUAAGCAUGAACCUACUAACUGAACACAUGCUAUCACAUUUAAACAGUUUUGCAGCCAUGCGUUCCUUGAACAUUGUCUUAGAACUGCCAAGUGAUAACAUUGACAACCUUCACUGCACGAAAACUGUUGCGGAACCCCCCUUAACAGCUUUGCUGUAAAAGCAACAUCACAGAGGCAAGUGCCUAUUUUAGUGUUGCUACCAGUGUGUCACAAACUGUUUCCAGCAGGUGCAUGGCAUUUCCAUAGUUGUUUUGGCUAAAUGACCUGCUUUGCACAGGAAGAAGUUUGAAACAAGACAAAGCACACCCUACACAGGUCACGUCCCAUUCCAGAGUUGUUCCUGUGCAAACCAGCAUGUUUGUACAAAACAGUGCACAGCUAAAGCUCAAUAUAACGAAGUAUUUAGCUUUUCAUAACCUGUUGUCCAUAAACCAUGUAUAUAGAACCUCAAUAUAACAAAGUGUGUUUGUAUGCGAUUUCAAUAUAACGAAAUUUCGCUUCCGCUGCAAAGGAAUGCCGAUACAAUAAAUAAAAACUUCCGCGGACGCCGAUGGUCAAACGAUUGAAUUACAAGCGUCUGCUUGAAAAUGCACCAGUCAAAUCGCGUGUGGCGGGGCAAAAGUGAUCCCCGCAGUGGAGCCACAUCAUGUUCUGUAAAAGUGCAAGUGCUGUAAGAUCCUAUCGCGGCCCGUGCACUUUGUGCUUUAAGUGCGAGUGAAAGUUUGCAAGAGUGCGACAAGGAAGAUGGUGGCUUCAUGAGUGCCGCCUUCCCAUUCGUAACGCGAUCAAGAGCGUGCGGGGUAAGUUGGCGCUUCUCAAUUUUUGGCACACGUCUCGGCCAUAGCUGUGCAUGGCUGUAAGCGCGACUGAGUGCAUAAGACAGUCGCGCACCCUGCUUUAGAAGUAAUCUGCCGCGUAUGCAAAGAGUGGGUGUGCCGAGGCAGCGUGGGAUCAUGCUAGCUAUCUUCCUGCGCAUUUAGUAUUGGAGGUUGCGUAAUCUCAAGUUUCGGUGACUCGAUGGAGCGAGAGGCAGACGAAGCAUUCGCUCCCCGCUGCUGACGCUGUCAGACGCAGAGGUGGAAUGCAUGCGAAAGCGUGGCUGGCUUCGACCGCUUACUUCGUACCACUGAUGUGAAGAUAUUGUCGACGUGGCAUGAAACCGUAUUAUUUGUCGCAGACUACCAAAUUCAUGAAAAUAAAUUGUUUUCGCAUUCAAAUUUGCUUUUUCCAAUUGUCCGAUAAUUUGGAAAAUUCUGCAGCCCCUUUUAAGAAAAAUCGAUUGGCGACUGCACUUAUUUGCAUAAAGGGUCGAAUUUCAAUACAACGAAAUUUCGAUAUGACAAAGCAAAUUGCCAAUUUUACCUCAUUUGUCAUAUAGAGGUUUGACUGUAUAACCAAUUGGCCCCAAUUGCAAGUCCUACUUGUGUGCCUUCUGCCCAUGUACCUUUGUGCUAGCAACAUUGUUUUAAUUGUGCAAAAAUCAAAGAUGUCUAUGUAUUUUAGGCUGUUAGCUGAAUGUUGAUUCUAAGUGACUGCAAGACUCGCCAUGGUGGUGUAGUGGCUUUGGUAUUGCGCUGCCAAGCCCGAGAGCACAGGAUCAAAUUCCGGCCAUGGCAGCCUCAUUUCGAUGGAGGGAAAAUGCAACAACACCCAUGUACCAUGCAUUGGGUGUACAUUAAAAGAACCACGGAUGGUCAGAAUUAAUCUGGGUCCCCAAUUAUGACUUGCCUCAUAAUCAUAUUGUGGUUUUGGUGUUUAAAACCACGGAAUUUAGUUUUAGUUUAAGUGACAGCUAACAAAAAGUCUCAGCCUGAAGGUAGCUUUGGUAACAACAGCUGCCUUUUUGACAAAUUGUGGACGAAAUGAGGCAAGCAAAUGAGCUUGUCGUGAAAUGCCCUUGGCAAGCGCAAUAUCUGCAAAAUUUCUGCAUGUCUAAUAUAGAAGGGAAAGCUGUGGAGCUCUUACUUUUCAUCACACUUUGCUGUCCUCUUCUACAAUGACACUUGUUAUGCCUUAACACCCAGAGGAACAUUGUUGGUUGGGAGGGAGAGAGCUAAUCUAAUUUUGACCUCUUGUGGUACCUAAGUCUAAGCACAUGCUUGCAUUCUUGCAUUGUUGGAAUGUAGCUGCAAGGGUCAGGAUUUGAUGCCACAACCUCAAGCUUAGUUGCAGCGUGUGAAGCCCUUUUCUAGUGAUGUAACUUAGUAGUGCAAAAACAAAGGACAAGACAGAAGGGAAACAACAUACAUAAGCGCUAAAGUGUCUUCCGGUGCUGCCCCAGAUAUUGAGAUGAGUUCUAUAUGAGAGAGAUGUGCAUGCCAAGUUGACUGGCCAUGAUGGACUUGGGAGAAAGCCAAGCUGCAGCCCUGCAACAUACUGUGUGCAAUGACUGGGAGAAUGGAGCUAAGAAAUGUAUAAAUGAUACACUUUCUACAGGUAUUUGUUGCUCUGUGCUUAGACUUAAUCGUGGGAAAAUAAAAAUGGAGUUGCAUACCUUCCAUGCAAUGCCCGAACAUGAACCAGUCCUGUCUUUAUGUUCUGCCCUCUGUGUGAUCGUGUUUUUGAUGCUAAAGUGGUUAUUUGACCUGAACAUGAGUUCACUGGUGCCAGGCUGCAUAACUUUGUUAUUUAAACUUGAAUGCACCUUCACUGCUUUGAGGUUAGAGUUGCCAUCUGGACAAUUUUUCUCUGGCACACCCAGUUUUUCCCUCAUAAUGCCAGCUGCCAGUUCGACCCUCACAUUGUUAAGCCUAAGGGCACGGGGAUCAAACCCCAGCAGCCACAAUUUGAUGGGGGUGAAAUGGAAAAAAACACUUGUGUACCAUGCAUUCGGUGCACAUUAAAGAACCCUAGGUGGUCAAAAUUAAUCCGGAGUCCUUCACUACGGCAUGCCUCAUUGUCAUAUUGUGGUUUUGGCACAUAGAACCCCCGAACAUAACUUAAAUUUUUAGCCCACACAUUGUUAUGCCAUUUUCCAGUUUUACGGUUCUCUCUAAACUGGCAAAAAACUUCCAUCACAAGUGCUCUGUUGUGCAUUCAUGCAUAGCAAACAACUGAAUCAUUGCGAGCGGCUUUAUUCAUAACCUUUAAGCUGUUCGCUGGUGUGAAACUGUCGCAUUAUUCUAAGUUGUCACUUUUGCUUCUGAGCUUUCUCUUGAGAGUCCAAGUGUGAUUCCUGCUUUUCUCUGAUAUGUUUUCUUGGCGGCCACCCUCUGCUGAUGCUUGGCCUCAUAAGCAGAAUGGAUGUACAUUGUUCGUUCUUCUGCGCCCACACAAUCCUGUGUUAUGGAAACCAUGCUCAGCGAGCUACUCAUUUUACCCGCUGGUAUUCUCAAGUUUUAACUGCAUACCAAAUUUUAUAUAAAGCCUGUCAAUAAACACCAUUUGGGCAAGAUUUCUACUAGGCAUAUCACCUGUUUUGUUUGAAUUUUUGCAAAGAGUACUUAAAAAACAUGCACACCCCACCCCCUUCCUGGUGCUAUCUUCUUUUUCUUGGCCGAGUUGGCAAUCAUACUUGAGAAAUGUCAUUACUGUGUUACCUCGUAUAUGUACACUUUACAGCCAAGUUGCUUUUUCACCUGUGCGAUACAUUUCCAUUUAACAUUCUCAUAAUUAGAUAUGCCCAUAAUAAUGUGUGAGAAUUUAAUUUGCAUUAUGUUGUCUUAGAUGUGUUUUCAUUGCACAUUAAUUGGCAGAUCUGCAGGAUAAUGUGGUCCCCAUUGCUGAUUUCCAUGGAAGCUGUGUUGGCAUUGUGUGUCCAGUGAUGUUCAGUUUGUUUCCAUCUGCAUGCUGCCCCAAUACCUAUGUAUAAAAAAAAUUUAUGAAGGCAGCUAGAGUUAUCGUUUAAGGCUCUGUCAUGGUAUUUGAUUUUUGCUCCCUUGUGUGGCUGUUUAAUGUUACAUAUUAAAGCUGUCGAUGUUUGUUGACAAUAAAAAAGUUUUGGCUGUGUUUUGCCUACCUGCCAAUCUC